AUGCGUUGCAAUCCAUGGUCGUCUCGAAGCAGCAAGGCCUCGGGUAAAACAGAUUUUGAGGUUGAAACCACUAGAAGCUCAAGGCAACCUCCACAGGCCAUGGUGCAGAGCGUGCAAAGCGGCAUGCAUCUGCGUGCCGAAGCAACAAGUGCAAAAGCUCACAACCAGCGAAAUAGCCUAAGCACGCAGAAUUGCAAGCCAGGCAACCCUGACGGCUGCUUUGCCAGGUUUGCGGAAGCAAAGCAUGAAAAAACAUGCGCCGCGGAAGUCCGCCGAAGGGACUUCUUGUCAAUAAUGUCCAAUCAAGUUUGA